CCUGUGACCUCACCACCUGGACAACUGAGCCUAGCAGAGCCAAGCCACUCCUCCCCAACCACCACACAUAGCAGGGGGCAUAGAUGACCACCGAGACCUUGGGAGAGGCUGAAGCCACCAGCAAGCCAGUAUAUGAUCUCCCUGAGGCCUCCGUGGGCAAUGAAACUGGAGAGCCCCAAAGUCCAGACUGUCCGCCUGAUGAUGGCCCACCAGUAGACAGUGUUACAGCAUUCACUGAAGAGAAGAAUGUAAACCAGGCCUCUGUGACAACGACCAUUGCCACAGAGCAAGAUGAAGUGGAGACUGUCACCUUCCCGGUGCAGGAUGAACAAGCCUACAUGCAGAGUGCCACCUCCGUGGAGCAGUAUGUAGACCAGGUAACCACGAAGAUUGCCACUCUCAUCAGGCCGGAUAAAGACCAGGCCUCCAUGAAGAUUACCACCUUCAUGGGACAGGAUGAAGACCAGGAGUCCAAGCCAAUCGCCACUUCCAUGGGACAAGAUGGGAAUCAGGUUUCCAUGCAGAUGGCCACCUCCACAGGGCAAGAUGUAGAGACAGCCACCUCCGUGGAUAUGUCAACUUCUGGGAACAAAGAUGGGAGCCCAGAUGCUUCAGGCCAUAACCAGGAGAAUCCCGAAGAAGCCACAUCUCUGCUGCCCCAAAACUCGGGUACCCUACAAGCGUUUGUGGGCUUCCAGAAUCCAGUGUGGGACAGACUGGCUGAAAAUAACCGUGCAAGUCGGAGCCGCAUGGUUUCUCCAAGUGACUCCCAGAACCAGGAAAAGCCAGCAGGGAAGCCGAGUGUUCCUGAAGUGCAGCCAGAAACAUCUCCAAACACUGACAUCCCAUCUGCCCCGCCUGAAGAUGCCCAGCCUUCUGUGGGAGCUGCUGACCCAUCCACUUUGGAUACCAGUAGUCCUGACCAAGAGUGCGUGGAGAUCACCAAGCCUGCUGAGCAGGAAACUGAAGGUUUCAAGGCAUCGAAUCCCGAAAGCAAAGCUACACCCCCAGUGCCGACCCGGGAGGAUGAAGCUGACAACUCAAGGAUCCUGCAGACCCCUGCACCUUCCCCCAGCUCCCCAGGAGGCAGUGCACCUCCCUCUCCAGAUUCCUGCCGCAUGCCCCUAGGCAGGAACCUUCUAGACCCCAGCCUGUACAGGCCUGAUGUGGAGAAUGACUACAUGCGUUCCAUGACUAGCCUGCUGGGCGGUGGUGAGGGCUCCAUCAGCUCUCUUGCAGACAUCCUGGUGUGGUCAGACACAGCCACGGGCAUGGGUUUGGCUAUGGGCUUUCUGGCUUCAGGCCACAGCUCUCCAGCUGACAGGCUACAUGAUGAGGGUCCCAGCCUGCGCACUGUCUCCAGCCUCUUGGGCAGUGCCAGGUCAGCUUUCUCCUCAGGGUUGGUGGCUGGAACUGGCUCAGCCCUGCGCUCAGUCACACACAUCCUGGAGUCUGUGGAGAGACGAACUAUGGAAGGCAUCCGUUCAGCUGUGCGCUACCUGGCCAGCCACUUCACCCCACGCUGGGCCCCGCACUGGCCCCAAUAG